AUGGAGCAUAUCUUAUACCGAAGAUUGAGCUGGUAUAAUAUGAUUAAAUCCAGGCCCAUUCUAUCACGAUCACAAUCGGGUUUUAGACCUUUUGGAGCCUGUGACGACAAUUUGACCACUCUAAUCACUUCAGUGAGAACUGACUUUCUGAAUCAAUCUCCCACGGCUGCCGUUUUUCUGGAUAUAGUGGGCGUAUUCGACAAUGUAGACUCACAUAUUUUAUUGGAGGACUUAAGAGAGAUUGGUGUUCCUGCUCUUUUUAGAAAAUUCGUUGAAAAUCUUAUCAGCAUCAGACAUCUUAAUUUUGUCAUAGAUGAUGAGUUGUACGGACCAUAUGACGCCUAUAAGGAUACACCCAAGGGUGGAUUACAUUAA